AUGAAGGGUUUCGUGGUCGACGUGGACGAGGGACCGCCGCACAGCCGGCCGCCGUCCUUCGCCGAGUGCUACGUCUGCAAGAAGCAGUUCGGCUCGCACUCCAUCGCGCUGCACGAGCCGCGCUGCCUGGAGCGUUGGCGUGCGGCGAACAGCGCACUGCCGACCGCCAAGCGCGCCGCCACGCCGCGGCCGCGCACCACCACCCUCAGCCGGCCUAAGGUGCUCGACGCGGACAAGUGCACCGAGGUCGACAUGUCGACGCGGCGCUGCAGCGAGCUGCUGGCGCUCGCCUCGCUGUCGAGCCGCAGCGGCGGCGAGUCGAGCUCGUCGCCCGACUCGGAGCAGGCGGAGCGGUCCGGACGGCGCGCUCGGCCCGGCACCAUGCGGCUGGCGGUCGGACCGCGCGACCUCAACGUGCCCAACAUCGAGUACCGCGCACGGACGGCCGUACUCUCGCCAGAGCGGAGCCGGCUGAGGCGCGCUAGCGACAACAGCCGCUCGUCGCCGGCGCGACCGCCGCACGGCGCGCGCCUGCCCUCACCGUGUGUCUCGUGCGGCAAAUCGGAAAACCCGGAGCGGUUCCACAGCCACCCGGAGGAGGCGUCGCGCUCACCGGCUCGCGCGCGCCGCCUCGUCAAGAAGCGGCUCUCGAUCCAGCGUCCGACGCCGGUGCGAUACAAGCCGCAGCCGUCGCUGGACCCAGUAGCGCAGCGCAAGCAGCAGCAGCGUCAAGAGAAGCGGCGCAAGGAGGCGCGCCUACAAGAGGACGAGGUGCAGCAGGAGCGCCGGCGGGAGGCGCUGCAGCACAACCUGGCACUGACGCUGGCCCGGUACCAGAGGCCGGCGCUCGGUCCCACCUUCAUUGUGUGCUACGUCUGUGGCCGCCAGUUUGGCCCCACAUCCAUGCCCAUCCACCAGCCGCAGUGUCUCGAGCGGUGGUACAAGUCGACAGCGGCGCUACCCCGGCGAAAGCAGGGCCCGGCGCCACAGCCACCCGACGAGCUGCCCGAGGGCGCCACCCUAGAGGAGUACAACCAGCUGGCCACCGACGAGGCGCAGAGGGUGAAGGGUGAGAAGAGACGGGCCUCCGUGGCAAAUCCCACCGAGUCGGACAAGGCCAAGUCGGAAGAGAGCUUGUUUUUCAUACAGUUUUAGGUGAAUGACUGUGCUAGUCAGUACUUAUGCUGGCAAUCGGGAGUGUAAAUACAUGCAUAAUGCGUACAUAA